UAAAAGAAAUAUUAAAGUACAAACUGUUAAAUGACUCUUAUUAUUAUAAUAAACAGUCUAUAAAGCACUUUCAAUCCAGCAACAUGAAUAAAUUAAAUUGUGUUCAUACUGUUGUAAGCCUACUUCUGCUGUCUUUCAUCUGCCUUCUCUCUUCGAUUUCCUCACAACCGAUUAUACAGCAGACUUUAAUAAUUGAUGCUGCUCCUUCGGUGGUCUCAUAUCAGGGGUCUUCACAAAACUAUGCUCACUUAGUUAUAUCACCACGUGGUCGUGCUUUGGGCUAUGUAGCACCCACAAAUCUUAAUCAUACGGUUCAUCAUACGGAAAAGGUGAAAGAUAAUUUGGAUUUCUUGGAUAUAAGACCGAUUUAUAUGCAUAAUUAGUGUGAAAUGUGUUGCAAAAUUAUUUAUUAGAUUUUUUUUUAAAUUUUGUAUUUAAAAGUAGUUAAAAGUAUUUUUUUUUUUUAAGAAAACUAUUGUGAUUUUUCUUUUUUGCCAGUAAGUUAGGGUGAUUAAAAGAUAAAACUGUUGCUGCCAAA